UAAAACACGUGCAUUUGUUGCCCUUUGAUAUCCACUUCCGACUCUGCGCAGUCCUUGUAUUUUUUGACGUCACUUCUUGUGUUCAUCGAGUUACUGGCCGAGUUGACAUCCAUUCGGGUAACAGCGUAGCAGUUUCUACCCUACUUCUUGUAGAAAUCAGGCCAUGCCCCUCUUUGGGAAAUCCCAGAAGAGUCCUCAGGAACUAGUGAGAUCUCUGAAGGAGGCUCUAGGGGCUGUAGUUAAAGGCCAGGCAGGAGAAAAGAAAGCUGACAAGGCUACAGAAGAUGUUUCCAAGAAUCUGUCAGCCAUCAAGACCAUUUUGUAUGGGGCUGGUGACCAGGAACCUCAAUCUGAGCUUGUGGCUCAGCUCUCCCAGGAAAUAUACAACACGCACAUAUUGCUGACCCUCGUACAACAACUCCCGCGUAUAGACUUUGAGGGCAGAAAAGAUGUGGUUGCCAUCUUCAACAACCUGUUGCGAAGACAAAUUGGGUCUCGAACCCCCACAGUUGAAUACAUUGUUACCAAACAAGAGAUUUUGUUUGAUCUUAUGAAGGGAUAUGAGAAUCAGGAAAUAGCUCUCAAUUGUGGAAUGAUGUUGAGGGAAUGCUGUCGAUAUGAAGCUCUUGCCAAAAUAAUGCUUUUCUCUCCUGAGUUCUACAGUUUCUUUGAUUAUGUGGAGGUUUCUACAUUUGAUAUAGCCUCGGAUGCAUUUUCAACAUUUAAGGAGCUGCUGGUGAAGCACAAAAUGCUGUCUGCAGAUUUCCUGGAGAACAACUAUGAGAAAGUAUUUACGUCCUACCAGAGAUUGCUCAACUCCGAAAACUAUGUCACUCGCCGUCAGGCCCUGAAGUUACUAGGAGAACUGUUGUUAGAUCGUCAUAAUUUCACAACCAUGACUCGAUACAUCAGCAACCCUGAAAAUCUGAAACUGAUGAUGACCAUGUUACGAGAAAAGAGUCGCAAUAUACAAUUUGAAGCCUUCCAUGUUUUUAAGGUGUUUGUAGCAAAUCCAAACAAACCCAAGCCCAUUCUCGACAUACUGUUAAGGAAUAAGGAUAAACUUGUGGACUUUUUAACCAAAUUUCACACUGAAAGAUCAGAUGACGAACAAUUCAAUGACGAGAAAGCAUAUCUUAUAAAACAAAUAAAAGAACUCAAAGCCGAUGAAACAAGUACAUCAUAGUAGCAGGGGCUUUUAGCUAACGAUGGAGUCUAGCUUCAGAGGAAACCUCAGUCACAAAGAAGUUUCUGCCCUUGUUACUAAUAUAUGAAAUAGUCACCUCCUCGAAACAUCCGCAAGGAGCUUGCACACUUCUUUAUACUGAUCAUUCAGGAUUCGUAAAAUUUCAAAUGAUGGUGAUUCGCUUUGCUGUAUGUACAUAUAAGGAUGCAUAAAGGAAUGUGAUUCGUGCCCUAGACCUAAUAUCCCCAAUUAAGUGUUCCAUCAAGAGGACCUGACUCUUCUCAAGUGCUAGAUCUUUGGUGCCAAGCUGUUCUAUUUAUUAAAUUUCAUAGAAAAAAUUAUUUGGAAUGCUCUCUGCUUUGUUCUAACGGGUCAAGAUUUAAAGCACUUGUUGUUUUCAUUCCAAUUUUCUUUACUAAAAAUUGAAUAAUAUUUUGUUCCUUUUGAGAAAGUUAUACCUUCAAGGUUUUUAUUUAUCAAUUUUUUUUUUAUAUUAUUGAUAUAUCCAGAUCAUAUAUAAAAAAUAAUUUUAUCUAAUAAAAUCUUUCUAUUCUUUAUAAUUCAAAUACACUACAGUGAUUUUCAUAUUUUUGGGGGAGUUGUAAUUCAAAAAGAUUUAGCGGUAAAGACUGUUCAACAUUUUUUAUGAAAAAUAAAGUAUGUUUUUCAAUAAUUGGCAAAUAAAUAUGUGGCAGGCCUCGCAAUUGUUCAUGUAUUACUUAUCAAAACUUACCUCUCUGUUUGCUCAUCUGUAACUAAUUGCUGUUCAAAUUCCAGGAUUUUACAUUGUAAAUCACACGCACACAAAUGAUUCCUAUUUCUUUUUCUUAAAGUAAAGCAUGGACAGUAAUUCUUAUAUCAAGUCUUGUUAAUUUUUUUUUCUCCAAGACUCUUGAGUUCAGAUGAAACUGGUGAAUCAUUAUCCAAGGUCACUUUAUUUGACCAGAAGUGUACUUUUGUAUGAGUAGAUCUAAUAUUAACUGCAUAUUUAAUUCCAUUACUGUACUCAUCACUGUGUUAUUUGUUUUCUUACUUUAGUGCUAUAAUUACAGUACAUGUAUGUGUUUUUUGCAAAUGUAUCUGAAUUAGGUAGAGGUUUAAGCCAAUCAUUUGGAAGUUGGAAUUUUUUUCUCUUUUCAUUAUCAGUUUUAUAACCCCUGUCCUAAGGCAAAUUACCCAGGCAUUAUACUCUUUCAUUUAAAUUUGUGCACAUCUUUGCAGGUUUUUUUAUUUUCUAAAAUUGGUGGCAAAUUGCUUGACAUAAUGCUACCGUAAGAAUACCCGGUAUUUAAAAUUUUCUUUUAGCUGUUUAAAAAAUGUCUAAAUUUUAUGACAAAAAUAUGUCAUUGAAUGUUCAUCUGUGGAUAUCUUUCCAGCUCUGAGAAUUUCUUUUCUAUAUUGUCUUUUUUUUUAUUAUUAGAAUAUAUUUUAUUUUACAUCUUUAAGAUGUAUUUCCAGGUUUUUUUUUUUCCAGCAUUCUGUUCCAUACAACUGGAAGUUCCUUUCUAGUUGUGAAUGUUUGUGGGAUAUUGAUGGGGCUUUAGAUGCAUAAUGUGAUUAUUGUGAUGUUGGACUUGUAUGUAUCUGAUACAUUUAUAUGUAUGACAAAAAAAUUCAAUGUAAAUUUACUUUUUCGAAUGCAAAAAAAUUAUUAGAUGUUAAUGUGUAUAUGGACAAAUGAGUUUGUAUUGUAUAGUGCAAUUGAUGUAAUUGCAGAGUUAGGAUCCAUUAAUUGAGAUUAAUUGAGAGAAUAGGUUCAUGUAUCCCAAAAAAAAAUUUCAACAAUUAUUUUGAAAAGUGAAAUUUCUUGCAAUUUUCUUUUAAUGUAAAGAAUAAAAUUUUGACACAAAGUUUUAGAGAAACACUGUAAGGGCAACUUUAAAAAAAAAUCAAAUGAAGCUUUACUCACUUCUUUGCAAUAUUUAAGAAUAUAGAAUAGAAUUUGACUUGAUCAGUAUAUAUACUAUGUUAAAAUAAGUCUGUUAUAAAUAUUUUAAGUAAAAA